AUGGCCGAACCCGAGGAUGUCGAAGAAGAUCUCUUCGCUGAUCUUUACGAUGCUGAUGAGUCCUCAAACCAACCCACGUCGGCGUCGCAGCCUCCAAAGCCCUCCGACUCCGCACCCACAGCUGUCCCGGCCCAGCCCACAGCACAGACUCACAUCCCUCAGUCGACAUACGAUCAUACGCAAAGCAUGAACCAACACGAUGGCGGUUAUCAAAACGGUGGAAGUGCUCAGUCGGGUUCCGGUUUCGCCCAUGCUGCAGCUGGUCCUCCCUCGGGGGAGCCCGAACCCCAAGGCACCGGCAUUAAAGAAGACGGGUAA